AUGUUGACCCUCCACAGGGAAGGCUCUUGCAGAGGCCCUGAGGUCGGCACAACCCCACUGCCGCUGGCUUGGCCGGGGCGCUGGGUGUCACCGGGGUCUGUCUGUCUGUCUUUCAGUGGUAAGUGGACUGCUCAGGGCGCCCCCAACCAGACGCGGGCCGGCCCUGCCCUGGGGCACCUGCUGAGGGACGCCGUGGAGGGGAGGAACGGCGCCAACUCCACCCGGGCCCUGAGGCUCCCAGACGGGACCAGCGCCGCCUGGUACAUCCUCACCAUCAUCGGCAUCUACGCAGUGGUUUUCCUCUUCCGGUUGGCCAGCAACAUCCUCAGGAAGAAUGACAAGUCCUUGGAAGAUAUUUAUUACUCAAACCUGACCUCCGGACUCAACCAGAAGGGGCUCCGGGGCAAGGCAGCCCAGUGCUCCACGCUGACCCUUGGCAACGGAGCUGGGCUGCAGCCCAGCCAGGCCAGCCCGGGGCCCAGGCACGGACACAGUGGGCCCCAGCCCGGAACCCAGGCCAUCCCUUGA